AUGUCGAAGAAUGGCGAAGUAUCGUCAAGUCAAGGACCAAGUCGACCAAACAUGCCUAAACCAGAUUUGAACUUGUUUACAUCCGAAAAACGUAAAAUGUUAGAUCUACAGCUUGGUGGACCGUCUGGUGAUGGUGCUGCUUUUAUGCCGUUUUGUUCUAAUACGUCAGGACAAAAAGCAAGGGCGCCAGCUCGAACAAUCAGAGAUGUACUGCCUGAAAAUACCAGGGACAGAUGUAGAAUUUAUCCAACUAUGCAGUCCUCAGGCAAAUUGCAGCUGUCUGCAACUGAGAUAUAUGAUUUCACUGCAGAUGAUUUACAAGAUUUAGGUGAAAUUGGUAGAGGUGCAUUUGGGGCUGUUAAUAAAAUGGUCCACAGAAAAACCAACAAAGUGAUGGCUGUAAAGCGUAUACGAUCUACAGUAGAUGAAAAAGAGCAAAAACAAUUGCUUAUGGACCUUGAAGUAGUCAUGAAAAGUAAUGAAUGUCCUUACAUUGUUCAGUUCUAUGGAGCUCUUUUCAAAGAGGGUGAUUGCUGGAUUUGUAUGGAGUUAAUGGAUACAUCGUUAGACAAAUUUUACAAGUUUAUCUGUGAAAGGAUGCAGACUCGAAUACCUGAAAAUAUUAUAGCUAAAAUAACCCUUGCUACUGUCAAGGCUUUAAAUUAUUUAAAAGAAAAGUUAAAAAUUAUUCAUCGGGAUGUAAAACCAUCUAACAUACUGCUUGACCGAAGAGGAAACAUAAAGUUAUGUGAUUUUGGUAUCUCUGGUAAGCUUGUUGAUUCAAUUGCUCGAACACGUGAUGCAGGCUGCAGACCAUAUAUGGCACCAGAACGAAUUGACCCAGGUCGCGCAAGAGGUUAUGAUGUACGUUCAGAUGUUUGGUCUCUCGGGAUUACAUUAAUGGAAGUGGCGACGGGUGCAUUUCCAUAUCCUCGCUGGGGUUCGGUAUUUGAACAAUUGCAACAAGUUGUGCAGGGCGACCCGCCACGUCUUACAAACAAAAACAACGCGUUUUCCAAUAACUUUGUCCAUUUUGUCAAUACUUGUCUCAUAAAAGAAGAAACUCAACGGCCGAAGUAUAACAGGUUACUGGAACAUCCAUUUAUCAAAGGCAUUGACCAAAGUCGUGCAGAUGUAGCUGCUUAUGUAUGCGAAGUACUUGAUUCAAUGGAGCGGAAUGGCGUUAGUCCCUUCACAACUGAUCAGCCAGCUCAAGCCUGGGUUGAUUAA